AUGGAUCGAGGCCGAGGUCGUGGCCGAUGUGGGCACUACAGCCCCAGAGGACGAUCAUCGCCUUCCGCCGGUCAUUCGACCAACCGUCACAGCUCUGUUGGAGCUCGUGGUCAUUUCGGGAAUGCUUCCUCAGGACGUGAAGUAUGGCAAAUUAGAAGGCAUAAUCCAGAAACAACGCCAGUUGGUGUUUCAUGUCCCUCCCCUCCUGUUGAAAACAUUACAUCUAGUGCUGAAAAUCUUAAAUUAGAGCGUAACACAACAAAAGUGGAAAAUCUUAGCCCAAAAUAUCAGGAGUCAGCGUCCACACCUCCCAAUAUGAAUGAACGGAGAACUCCUCAAGAGCAGUUGUGGGGUGCAGGGAAAGAAAGCUUCAGUUCACCACACCUUAGUGGCAUUUCUUCUGUUGAUGCAUCCUAUACGAUGAAAGGACCAUCUCAGAGUGGCGUAUCUGGUUCUAAAGAGAGUCAUUUCGGACAGGAAACUCAAAGCAAGAUAAGUGCUACUGAAAACACUGUUGGUGAUGGCAGGUCUAAUGAUUCCAAUAGCCUGCAGAAAGGAUUUUCCUUUGAUAUUUGUGUGGAGAAAAUUGGAAAUUUUGUCAAGCUGAAACCCACUCUGCUUGCGAAGAAUAGAGAGAGAAGGAAUGAAAUGAAACGCCGUACAGAAGGAGAAAACAUCAAGAUUUUAAGGCCUGGCAUGGUUCUCUUGAAGUGUUACCUUCCCUUGAUGGAUCAGGUCAAAUUGGUAAAGACGUGUCGAGAUCUUGGUCUGGGUUCUGGGGGUUUCUACCAACCUGGUUAUCGGGAUGGAGCACAGCUACGUUUGAAGAUGAUGUGCCUUGGUAAAAAUUGGGACCCUGAGACAAGUGUGUACAGUGACGAAAGGUCUACUGAUGGAGCUAAACCUCCUUCUAUUCCUGCUGAGUUCCUGCAGUUGGUUAAAGAAGCAAUUCAAGAUUCUCAUGCUUAUUUAGAAUCAACCACUAAAGUAAGAAAAGUAGAAGAUAUUUUUCCCUCAAUGUCACCAAACAUCUGCAUUGUCAAUUUCUACACACAGAGUGGCCGUCUAGGUCUUCAUCAGGAUAAAGAUGAAAGCCAAGAAAGUCUACGCAAAGGACUUCCGGUGGUCUCCUUCUCUAUGGGUGACUCUGCAGAAUUUUUAUACGGGGAACAGAGGGACAUUGACAAGGCGCAAAAGGUCUUGUUGGAGUCGGGAGAUGUGUUAAUAUUUGGUGGAAAGUCGAGGAAUAUAUUUCAUGGUGUUAGUUCUGUUAUUCCGAACACUGCUCCUAAGCAUAUAUUGUUCAUUUGGAUUAAGCGGACAAAUGAAAUCCCCAAAUUUGGAACAGCAAAAUAG